UGCUGCUGCCUCCCAGUUUGACUGAAAGAGCAGGUUUGACAGGUGUGGUCACGGCUGAGUGUGUGGAGGGGCUGAGAACGAGAACACAGGUAGUUACUGCCAGCUCCUGGUGCCAGUGAGGUGUGCGAGGCAGCAACAGUUGUGAACAGUAGUCGCCAUGCCAACUGUAGUACCAGAAGCCUUUAAAAAUAUCAGCAAGAGCCCAGGCCUGCAAGUAUGGACCAUCGAGAAAAUGGAGGUGGUCCCUGUCCCUCCGAAGGCUUACGGGAGUUUUUUCGAAGGUGACUGUUACCUGAUACUGUUUAUUAGUGAGACAGAGAGAGGGACAUCCCAAGCCCUUCAUUACUGGAUUGGGAAGGAGUCAUCCCAGGAUGAACAGGGAGCUGCAGCGAUGUACAUCACCCAACUGGAUGAUAACCUGGGGGGAGGACCUACCCAGUACCGGGAAACCCAGGGUUACGAGUCUCCGGAGUUCAAAAGUUACUUCAAAUCCGGCAUCGUGUACAAGAAAGGAGGGGUGGCUUCUGGCUUCAAACACGUGGAGACAAACAUGUACAACAUCAAACGGCUACUCCAUGCAAAGGGGAAGAAGAACGUGACUGCAACAGAGGUGGACGUUUCCUGGAACAGCUUCAACUCGGGCGAUGUUUUCCUCUUGGAUUUGGGAAAGGUCAUUGUCCAGUGGAAUGCACCACGUAGCAACAGGACCGAGAGGCUAAAGGCCCUGAUGCUCGCCCAGGACAUCAGGGAUCGGGAGCGUGGUGGACGAUCUCAAAUUGGCAUCGUCGACGGGGACCAGGAGGAUGAACAUCCCGAGCUGAUGAAGAUCAUGAGAGCCGUACUGGGAGAGCGGAGAGGGGAGCUGAAGAAUGCUGCUCCUGAUGACAGGGCUGACCAGCUCCAGAAAUCCAAUAUCAGGCUUUACCAUGUCUCAGAUGCCACGGGAAGUCUGAUGGUACAGGAAGUGGCCACGCGACCUCUGACCCAGGAUCUCCUGAAACAUGAGGAUUGUUACAUCCUGGAUCAAGGCGGUGCCACCAUCUUUGUUUGGAAAGGGAAAGACGCCAGUAAAGACGAGAAACGGGCAGGGAUGAACAGGGCUUUGGGAUUCAUAAAAGCCAAGGGCUACCCGCCCAGUACCAACGUGGUGAUACUGAAUGACGGUGCGGAAUCAGCCAUAUUCAAACAACUCUUCAAAAAGUGGACAGUCAAAUGGCAAACUCAAGGUCUGGGCAAGAAACACACAGUGGGCAAGAUCGCCAAAGUGGAGCAGACUAAGUUUGAUGUGACUGAGUUGCAUGCCAGACCAGACCUCGCAGCUCGACAGAGGAUGGUGGAUGAUGCGUCUGGGAAAGUCGAGGUCUGGAGAAUCGAGGAUAAUGAGCCUGUUCCGGUGGAUCCCAAAACCUACGGCCAGUUCUAUGGGGGCGACUGUUACUUGGUGCUUUACACGUACCUGAGAGCCAACAGGACCGCCUACAUUCUCUACAUGUGGCAGGGACUGCACGCUUCUCGGGAUGAGAUUGCCGCUUCCGCCUAUCAGGCUGUCAGCCUCGAUGGCAGGUACAACGGAGAGCCAGUCCAGGUGCGGGUGACAAUGGGCAAGGAGCCGCGACACUUCCUGGCCAUCUUCAAGGGCAAACUAAUCGUUUACGAGGGAGGAACAGGCCGUGAAGGAAAGAAGGAUGAGCCGUCUGUUAGACUCUUCCAAGUCCGUGGCACCGAUGAGCUGAACACCAAAGCCACCGAGGUUCCUGCCCGCGCUUCCUCCCUCAACUCCAACGACAUCUUUGUCCUGAAGACGGAGCAGAUCACUUAUCUGUGGUGUGGGAAGGGAUGCAGCGGUGAUGAGCGGGAGAUGGCCAAGUCGAUGGCCAACAAUCUGUCAAAGCAUGAGAAGCAGACAGUUCUGGAAGCUCAGGAACCUGUGGAUUUCUGGGCAGCUCUGGGAGGGAGAGCACCUUAUGCAAGUAACAAAAGGCUUCAGGAGGAAGAAAGUGAUUAUGACCCUCGCCUCUUCGAAUGCUCCAAUCAGACUGGGCGGUUCAUCAUGACUGAAAUUUUUGCCUUCACUCAAGAGGAUCUCGAUGAGGAUGAUGUCAUGUUAUUGGAUACAUGGGAAGAGGUGUUUCUGUGGGUAGGCCGAUCAGCCAACGAUCACGAGAAGAAACAGGCGGACAUGUUGGCGAUAGAGUACCUUCAAACUCACCCAUCUGGACGGGACCUGGACACACCCAUCAUCCUAGUGAAGCAAGGCAGUGAACCCCUGACAUUCACUGGGUGGUUCAACGCCUGGGAUUCGCAUAAAUGGAACACUGGCAAAACAAGCCACUACGAUGAGAUGAGAUGUAAACUGGGAGAUGUCUCGGGGAUCACGCAGAUCUCUGUGGACCUCAACAACACAGACCUGAACAAAAAGGGAGGCCAGACCCCUGCACCGAGCUCAGCUUUUCCCCAUUCCCCAGCCUCUGCUGCCCCAACCUUCCCACCCCAAACUCCUGGAAGCACCAGCCCUGCUCCGCCAGCCUCCUCCGGACCCACCGUUGUCAAUGGGAAGGAAUAUUACCCCCGGGAGAUGCUUAUGAACAAGGCAGCCGAUGAGCUACCCGGAGGUGUAGAUCCUGGAACGAAGGAGCAAUACCUGUCCGACGAAGACUUUGUGGACGUUUUUGGGAUGACGCGGGAGGAGUUUCGCGAUGCACCUAGCUGGCGACAAAUGAUCCUGAAGAAACAGAAGAACCUUUUCUAAAGGGGCUUCCGAACUUUCUGUCUCUGCUCUGCAGCAUCUUCAGUCUUAAAUCAGCCAGAUUCUCGUGCGUCUGUGGAGGGCGUUGGGUGGAGCAAUAAUUAGAAAAUAGAAGUCAGGAUAUACAUAUUUUUUUUUCUCUCUUUUUUUUGUUUCCAAAUUUUAAGCGCUUGGUGCAGUGCCACAGAUUCUAAAAGGUCAAUAUUAUAAUAGUCUGCAGUUUAUCAAGAGAGAGUUUUCAUUGCACGGAGAGCAGAUUCUGGGGAAGGCCCACAAAAGAAUCGAGGAGAGAUGCCUCCCAACGGGGAUGCACCCCUGGUAGUUCGCCAUUGUGGGCACCUGAUUCCACUUCAGCCGGCGCUGAGGGGAGUUUAUUUGCCAAUCAUCUCACCGCUGACUCUGCCUCUCCGGGCUGUCACAUCUGCCACUAUUUCCACCUUGUUCACCAUUCAGAGGUCAUUCCCCAGGGAUGGUCGUGUGCACCACUCAGUGUGUGGCACCGAGCUGAAUGGGCCGGUGUCAGCAGGCACUGGUGAUGCCUGCAGUGUUGCUGGUUUGGGAGGAGGCGGGUGUUGGGUGAGUGAGGUGAGUUGGGGUGGGGUGGUUGGAGAGGUGGGGUGGGGUGGGGAGGGUGAAGAAUGGGAAUUAAGGAAGGGACCUCACUCCCAGCCAUUAUCGGGUGAUGCCCGGUGAAAGUGCGCCCGUGUGGAACCUGGGGGCUGCAUCUGGCUCAAUUACGAUGCCCUACACAGUCAAAUAGGACACCUUCUGGUGCAGUGGGCAGCGUCCCUGCCUCUGAACCGGAAGCACUGAGUUCAAGACCCACCCUGGGACUUGGCGGCCAUGGAGGAUGCGUUCAUAACGCAGCCACCCAGGUUGAAUAACAACCUGUAAACCCUUCGAACACACGCCAAUGGCAGGCAGUAAGUGGGAAAGGUUCCUGGUCAGCUGUGUGAUGGAAAGAAAAUUGGAGGGAGCCUCUACCAUGACCAUCCAUAGCUCCAGACUGUAACAUGCAGGUAAAAGGGGCGUGUUGCCAUAGCAACUCUCCCCGAGUGAACUGCAACACACCCCUACGCAGUCAGAUAGGCACUUUGGCAUCUAACCACCCUGAGCGGUGAAUGACCAUCGGCCCGUGAGGGCACCUAGAAAGCAACGAUAACUGUGCCAACCACCCUGUGGAACCAUAACCCCAGCAACAAGUCAAUGUGGUGAAGGUAAGGAAGAGAGCAAAAUGGAGGGUGCAGGAAGCAGUCACCAAAAUAAUCCAGUAGAAGAGAUGGCGACGCUACACACUCGCUGCCUCUGAACGCUCAAUCCGGUUCCUCUUGGGCCAUUACUCCAGAAAUAACCCCAAUCGCAUCUCACAAGCAGCAAUGCUUGAGGUCAGUGAUUUCACUGCCUUUGUUACUGACCCUUUCUCCCUGCUUUUGAAUUCUUUCUUUUCCCCCUUUUUCAUUUUGAAGCUGUAUUUGGGAAUAUCGAGUAGCGCGUCACUGGCUCGGGCAAUGGACAAAGAGAGCUUUCCUUCAGAGGUGGGUGGGCUUGUUUGGAGCAGUUUCUCUUUGUCAAGUUUCCAGGAUGGAUUAGAGGGCGGCAGACUGGGGAAUCGAGGGAAGUGGAGGGAUACAGCUUGUGUCCGUGAACUCCAGAGCAUGCAGUCCCCUCCUCAUCUAGGAGGACAAGGGCAGCAGGUGCGGGAAAACAUCACCAGAUCUGAUGGGAGACAGAUCAGUCAUGAUCGCAUUGAAUGGUGGAACAGGACUGAGGGGCUUAACGGCCUCCGAUUCCUAUGUUCCUCUCACCUGCAAGUCCCCCUCCAAGUCACUCACCAGCCUGACUUGGAAAUAUAUCGGCCGUUCCUUCACUGUCGCUGGGUCAAAAUCCUGGAACUCUCUCCCUAACAGCACUGUGGGUGUACCUACACCACAUGGACUGCAGCGGUUCAAGAAGGCAGCUCACCACCACCUUCUCAAGGGGCAAUUAGGGGUGGGCAAUAAAUGCUGGCCCAGCCAGCGACGUUCAGAGUCCUCAUCUUUUUGACUAAGCUUUAUGAUUUUUUUGAGAACUAGGCCCCAGGUAAAAUGUUUAAGAGAACUUGUUACAUUUGUAAAACUCGUAGACCGAGUUUCACUUCCGUCCGCCACCUGUGAUGUGAUGUGGCAUCAUCUAACGUGACAUUUCCUGGCAUGUCAUGGUCUGUCACGUUAAGUGGUGUGACAUAGCACGUGUGAUGUUACCUGACAUUAUGUGACGUUAACGUGAUGUUACAAGUCCAUCAAAGAAACCAUUGUACAUGAUAUACGUUCAUCAAACAUUUCAAAUACCUCAAUGUCAUGCCAUCCUGAAGCAAGUUGUGGGGGGGGGGGUGUUGAAUGAAUGGACAUUUUGGUUGGGCGGGGGUUGGGGAGGGUAGUGGGUGUAGGGGGAUGUAAUUUGACCACAACCCCUGCAGUGAGAAACUGACGCAAUCAGUUUCGCCAACCAAUCGACACGCCCGCCUGAUUUGAUUUUCCGAUUGGCCAGUGGGCCGAUUUGAUUCCACCAGUUUCCCAUGGGCAAGUUGGGCGAGUUGGGUUAAAAUUCCACAGCCACCCCCCUCCCCCUCAACCAGGAUUCAAUUUACCCUCCAGAGCUUCCCGAAGAACCAAUGAAAAUGAACUGCAUCACCUGAUCCAAAACCGGCCGGGCUAACUAACCCUAGGGUCUUAUUUCACUAUUUGCCACACCGUCCAAAAUAUCUCCAGUAACCCCUGCCUCCCCCCCCACCCCCCACCCAAAAAUAAAUGACUCUUAAUUUUCUUUUUUAACUGUUAUAAAUAUGCAUCGUCCCAACAAGCUCCACAACGUGACCAUUGGAGUUGCCAAUUCUGAUCGGGUCCAUUCCUAGGGGUUUUAUCACAUGACCUGCAACUGCCCCGCCCCCUCACUCCUGCCAUUGGCCAAUCUUCCAGGUGCCACUGCCCUUCAGUGGCCAAUGGGGAAGGGGGACAGGUACUUUGUUAUCCAGUUGGGUUUCUCUUGACUGUCGGGGAUUUUGCCCCAAUCUCCAAUAUUUUUAUAUCUAAAAAGAAACUUAUAUUUAUGUAGAGCCUUUUAUAACUACAGGACAUUCCAAAAUGCUUUACAGCCAAUGAAGUACUUUUGAAGAAAACGCUACUUUGUUUAAAGCCCCAGGAUUUUAGCUUCAUGGUGUUGGACUCAGCAGUGUCUGAGAGGUCAGGCUGGAGAUUCCAGGCCAAUACUAGAAGCUUGGCAACUCCUAAUGACAAACCACAUUGCCCGGUAAGAACAGGGCAAGUUAUCAAUGAUCGAACUGAAGGCAAAGGUCCUAUUGCAGCACAGGUAGCUUCCGAGUGCCAUGGUCGCAUUCACCAUAAGCUGCACAUUCAUCAGGAGCUGCCCAGGUUGAUGUUCGGAUGUGGGUUAAGAGGCAGGGUGAGGAAGCCUCCAAUUACCCUGAGAGAC